UAUGGGGCUGGCGCUGUACUCACUGAGCCACAGGCACUGCCCCAAGUUCCUUCUCACCUCAAGGCCUGCACUUGCUAUUUCUUUUGGCAGAGAACUCUUCUUCCAGAUCUUUGCAGAGCUGUGGUCUCAGUUCAAAUGCCACCUCUUCUAGGAGGCCUUCUCAGGCCACCCCCAAUGCAGUCUUUUCUCCCAUAAUCCCAUGACCCUAUUUUUCUUAGCAUAUACCACAGUCUCAAAUUGUCUCAUCUGUGUUUGCUCACUUACAAUCUUUCUUCACUUUCUCGUUAGAAUUUAAGCCCUACGAGGGCAGGAAGCCAGUGGAUCUCAUUCAUCGAGGUGUCAGCAGCACCAGUGUGCCUAGCACCAUUGCCUGAAACGCCGGAGUGUUAACAUCACGAGCUGAAUGGAUGGAUGAGUGAAUGAGCCCCGGGUGUUCGGGAGACCCCAGCAGAGGUGGGCUCUGUUUCCAGGAGCCACACAGCAGGGACCUCGAGGACCCGCCGGAACCCCUGACCUGGAGUCUCGCCGGCAUUCGGUUGCGGACCCCCGCCACCUCCCGGGGGAAGACGUCAAAGCACCCGGGGAUCCCGGGAAGGAGACAGGAGACGAGGAAGUUAGUGCGGAACCUGGGCAGCCAGAUCCAGGGAGGAUCCAGUGAGGACUCCAAUCCUCGGGGACCCUCUUAGCUCCCUCUGUGCUCCAACUCCGGAAGGAUUGGGAGGAGCCAGCUCAGGAGGAGUUGGGGGCGUCUUUCUCACGGGCCCUGUGAAGUGGUCUUGUCUGGACGUUACUCGCUGGGUACAGAGAAAAGGGGAAGGGAAGGAUCCUUCUGGCCUUCGGUGGGGAAGUAUCAUCCUGGCUGCAUACGCAGUCUUCUCGUCAGGGGCCUCUGGGGUCCUCUCCCCAGCUCUGAGUCCUUCAGGUCUGGAAGGAACGAGGCGAAUCUGCUUGGAGUGGCCCCAGCGCCGGGAGGAGGAAGAGCCUCCCCGCCCAGGCCGCCAGGGGUCGCUGCUGAGCCGCAGGUGAUGGCAACCCCAAGGAAAGCAGUCCCUUCAUCAACAGCACUGACACAGAGAAGGGAAAGGAGUACGAUGGCAAGAACAUGGCCUUGUUUGAGGAGGAGAUGGACACCAGCCCCAUGGUGUCCUCCCUGCUUAGUGGCCUGGCCAACUACACCAACCUGCCCCAGGGGAGCAGGGAGCAUGAAGAGGCAGAAAACAAUGAGGGUGGAAAAAAGAAGCCGGUGCAGGCCCCGCGCAUGGGCACCUUCAUGGGCGUGUACCUGCCAUGUCUGCAGAACAUCUUUGGUGUCAUCCUCUUCCUGCGGCUCACUUGGGUGGUGGGCAUUGCAGGCAUCAUGGAGUCCUUCUGCAUGGUCUUCCUCUGCUGCUCCUGUACGAUGCUUACAGCCAUUUCCAUGAGUGCAAUUGCAACCAAUGGUGUCGUGCCUGCUGGUGGCUCCUACUACAUGAUUUCCAGGUCUCUGGGCCCGGAGUUUGGGGGCGCCGUGGGCCUCUGCUUCUACCUGGGGACUACCUUUGCUGGGGCCAUGUACAUCCUGGGCACCAUUGAAAUCCUGCUGGCUUACCUCUUCCCAGCUAUGGCCAUCUUCAAGGCAGAAGAUGCCAGUGGGGAGGCAGCAGCCAUGCUGAACAAUAUGCGUGUUUAUGGCACCUGUGUGCUCACCUGCAUGGCCACCGUGGUAUUUGUGGGUGUCAAAUAUGUCAACAAGUUUGCCCUUGUCUUCUUGGGUUGUGUCAUCCUCUCCAUCCUGGCCAUCUAUGCUGGGGUCAUCAAAUCUGCCUUCGACCCACCCAACUUCCCGAUCUGCCUCCUGGGGAACCGCACGCUGUCUCGCCAUGGCUUUGAUGUCUGUGCCAAGCUGGCUUGGGAAGGAAACGAGACGGUGACCACGCAGCUCUGGGGCCUUUUCUGUUCCUCCCGCUUCCUCAACGCCACCUGUGAUGAAUACUUCACCCGAAACAAUGUCACAGAGAUCCAGGGCAUUCCUGGGGCUGCCAGUGGCCUCAUCAAAGAAAACCUCUGGAGCUCCUACCUGACCAAGGGGGUGAUUGUGGAGAGGAGUGGGAUGUCCUCGGUGGGCCUGGCAGAUGGUGCCCCUGUCGACAUGGACCACCCCUAUGUCUUCAGUGAUAUGACCUCCUACUUCACCCUGUUGGUUGGCAUCUACUUCCCCUCAGUCACAGGGAUCAUGGCUGGUUCUAACCGCUCUGGGGAUCUGCGGGAUGCCCAGAAGUCAAUCCCCACUGGCACCAUCCUGGCCAUUGCCACCACCUCUGCUGUCUACAUCAGCUCCGUUGUCCUGUUUGGGGCCUGCAUUGAGGGGGUUGUCCUGCGGGACAAGUUUGGAGAAGCAGUGAAUGGCAACCUGGUGGUGGGCACACUGGCCUGGCCCUCUCCCUGGGUCAUUGUCAUCGGAUCCUUCUUUUCUACCUGUGGGGCUGGGCUGCAGAGUCUCACGGGGGCCCCACGCCUGCUGCAGGCCAUCUCACGGGAUGGCAUUGUGCCCUUCCUGCAGGUCUUUGGCCAUGGCAAAGCCAACGGAGAACCAACCUGGGCUCUGCUCCUGACUGCCUGUAUCUGCGAGAUUGGCAUUCUCAUUGCGUCCCUCGACGAGGUCGCCCCCAUUCUCUCGAUGUUCUUCCUGAUGUGCUACAUGUUUGUGAACCUGGCCUGUGCCGUGCAGACGCUGCUGAGGACACCCAACUGGAGGCCGCGUUUUCGAUAUUACCACUGGACCCUCUCCUUCCUGGGCAUGAGCCUCUGCCUGGCCCUCAUGUUCAUCUGCUCCUGGUACUACGCGCUGGUGGCCAUGCUCAUUGCUGGCCUCAUCUAUAAAUACAUUGAGUACCGUGGGGCAGAGAAGGAGUGGGGCGAUGGGAUCCGAGGCCUGUCUCUCAGCGCUGCUCGAUACGCCCUCUUACGCCUGGAGGAGGGGCCUCCACACACCAAGAACUGGAGGCCCCAGCUGCUGGUGCUAGUGCGUGUGGACCAAGAUCAGAAUGUGGUGCACCCCCAGCUGCUCUCACUGACCUCCCAGCUCAAGGCAGGGAAGGGCCUGACCAUUGUGGGUUCUGUCCUUGAGGGCACCUUUCUGGAAAACCAUCCCCAGGCCCAGCGGGCAGAGGAGUCUAUCCGGCGGCUGAUGGAGGCGGAGAAGGUGAAGGGCUUCUGCCAAGUAGUGAUCUCCUCCAACCUGCGUGACGGGGUGUCCCAUCUGAUCCAGUCCGGGGGCCUCGGAGGUCUGCAGCACAACACCGUGCUCGUUGGCUGGCCCCGCAACUGGAGGCAGAAGGAAGAUCAUCAGACUUGGAGGAACUUCAUCGAGCUGGUCCGGGAAACCACAGCUGGCCACCUGGCCCUGUUGGUCACCAAGAACGUCUCCAUGUUUCCUGGGAACCCCGAGCGCUUCUCUGAGGGCAGCAUUGAUGUCUGGUGGAUCGUGCAUGACGGGGGCAUGCUGAUGCUGCUGCCCUUCCUGCUGCGGCACCACAAGGUCUGGCGGAAGUGCAAGAUGCGUAUCUUCACCGUGGCCCAGAUAGAUGACAACAGCAUUCAGAUGAAAAAGGACCUGACCACAUUUCUGUACCACUUACGUAUCACUGCAGAGGUCGAGGUAGUGGAGAUGCAUGAAAGUGACAUCUCAGCUUACACCUAUGAGAAGACAUUGGUGAUGGAGCAGCGCUCGCAGAUCCUCAAACAGAUGCAUCUAACCAAGAAUGAGCGGGAGCGGGAGAUCCAGAGUAUCACAGAUGAGUCACGAGGCUCAAUCCGGAGAAAGAACCCAGCCAACACUCGGCUCCGCCUCAACGUCCCAGAAGAGACAGCUGGUGACAGUGAGGAGAAACCAGAGGAGGAGGUGCAGCUGAUCCAUGACCAGAGUGCUCCCAGCUGCCCCAGCAGCUCACCAUCCCCGGGGGAGGAACCCGAGGGGGAAGGCGAAACGGAUCCUGAGAAAGUGCAUCUCACCUGGACCAAGGACAAGUCAUUGGCAGAGAAGAAUAAAGGCCCUAGUCCUGUCUCCUCUGAGGGCAUCAAGGACUUCUUCAGCAUGAAGCCGGAAUGGGAGAACUUGAACCAGUCCAACGUGCGGCGCAUGCACACUGCCGUGCGGCUGAACGAGGUCAUUGUGCAGAAAUCCCGGGACGCCAAGCUUGUUUUGCUCAACAUGCCCGGGCCUCCCCGCAACCGCAAUGGAGACGAAAACUACAUGGAAUUCCUGGAGGUCCUAACAGAGCAUCUGGACCGGGUGAUGCUGGUCCGCGGCGGAGGCCGCGAGGUCAUCACCAUCUACUCCUGAGAUCCAGGACCAGCCCUGUGGCCCUGGAGCCCUCGCCACGCCCCCCCGCCACCGUCACCGUUUACAUAAGACCCUGUGCCCGUGCCCUGGCCCCUUACCCCGCUGCUUGAAGCCGGAGGCCACGCCUGUCGUUGGGGCUGACUCGGAGAGGGCGCCCCCUUGCGCGCAAACCAGAGCCCCCUAGAGCCCCACUGGCUCAUGGGUCUGCGCCGCCCUUUUUCUAAGCCUGGCCUCGUCGGGUCGGAGGAGACGCUGCAAUAAAGGUCGGGAGAAGGCGCGGAGGGCAGAGGAGCUGGGGCCUCGAGGACCCCCAGGUAGUCCACGCUGCCCCUUUUCCCCUCCCCAUGCCCCGCCGUGGUCCCCGAUCUGCACUCCUCCGGCACUGCUCUCCGGCUCCCGGCGCGGGGUGGGAAGGGCGCGCUCUCCGCCUCCGCCGCCCCUUCUCCCCGAGCCACGGGGCGCGCGCUGGCCGAGCCUAUACAUAGUGUACAGGAGACAUCAAGUGUAUUUUUAACGUCCCCAUAUUUAUGUGACUAGAAGCGCAUCAGACUUCUCACCACUGUCGAGCUCUCCCGCUGGGGGUACCCCGGAGAGUCGGAGGCCUCGGGAAGCUAGGUUUUCCUUGACGUCUGAGAGUUUGAGAGCAGAAGUGUUUUAGGCCCAGGCGGGGGUCGUGGUCCUAGUCCCUCGACAUCCCCGCCCUGCUCUCGCCCUUUCCGCGCGCCCUUGGCUUCCCACCCUUCCCUCCAGUUCUUUUUGGAGAGGAGGCGAGACGUGUCCAACUUUUGCCGGAUUCGCCUCCCAGCGGAUGUGAGCUUCCACAGCGGCUGCAGAGACGCGCGCAACCUCUUCUCGGCUCUUAUGCAAGUUGGGGCCAGGAUAGGGGAGGGGCGCUCCUCAAGGGGAAGACACGGAGAGAGAGGCCCGCGCCCCACCGAGGAAGCCCCGUCCCGGUGCCUUCGCUGGGGAGCAGGCGUCUCUCCUCAGUCGGCUUGUCGCCUGCUCCCCCUAUCCCAUGGCUCUUCGCCAAAGACUGAAAUCGUGGAGCUGGAGGGCUCCUCUCCCCAGACUUUCCUCCAGACUUUCCUCCCUGGGACAGGUGAAGGAGGCGGCGGAGCGCCACCCCUGAUGUUCCCACCCCCCAGGGAGGCAGCUCGUCCCGGGAACGCAGCCGCCUACUCCGUGCUCUAGGUCUGGGCCUGGCUGCUUAGCAGCGGCCUCUUGCCUGGUGUCUCCCAGGCACCUGGCGUAGGGGAGGGUUGGAGUCGCCACACGCUUUGUUAUUAGCGCCUCUCUGCCCUCUAACUGGGGUCCAAAGGCCUUUGACUUCCCCUACUCCAGUCUUUGGCGCUUCCGCUCCAACCGCCCGGUCUGAGGCGCCCUCUGUCCUCAAAGAAAGCGCGUUGGCCGGGUUUCCUUUUCCCAGGGUAUGCUACUAAGGGGGGCAGGCGCUGCAUGCUCGUUCCAGCACCCUCUGGGACUGGGUACAGUACCUCCAGCCCGAGGGCCCUGACCUAGGCACCUAGUUAGAUACAUCUUGCCACCUCCUAGAGCUGGGGCCACUGAGUACCUGACCUCACCACCUCCUUUCCUUUGAGCCCAAGGCAGAGAGCUGGAGCCAUCCUAGACAGGGUCAGGCUGAGGGUAGGUCUGGAGGUCUGUUGGUUAGGCCAAGGCCCUUUGAUAAUUUAAUCAGGGGCCUAAGUAGAUUCUUUUAUGUACCACUCAGAAAGUUAGAGGUGUUAAACACCAGCCCCCUGUAUCCUUCAGAAGACCUCCCUCUGAGAACCACAGCUGGGUCCCUUCUUCUGGGGGGCCUGAAUAUUAUUGCUGGGCUGAAGUUGUGGGCUACAUAGGAGAAAGGGGCUGUAUCAACAUCAAUUAGGGAACCAAAGUUGCACUAUCUGGGCCCAGUCUGGUUGGCAAGAGCAAAGUUUCCGUUGAUGAAAAAAAAUCCCGAGUUUUCUGUGCUACAUGUGCAAUAUUUGUUAUGAAUGUUAUCAUAAGUCAUUCAUCAAAUUAUCUUUAUAAUCACUGUAGCUAGAUGUUUCAUGUCCAUUCAAGUGACUUUUAUUCUGAGUGCAAUAUUUCAAUAGCCUUGUAGUGCUAACUAGUGUUGCUUUUGUUUUAGAUAAUCUAUGUGCAGGGCAAUGCAAUGAAGUUGAAAACCCUUGUAAAUAGGAGAGGUUGCAAACCAAAUCAAGAGUAUUUAUUACUAUUAUUAGGCCUGCCUUUAAUUUUCAGUGUUUCAGUAUUCCGCAUCCUGCCUCAGUACUGAUCUUGUGUUCUUUGUGCCAAUAUGCAAAGGAGAGGGUUGGUUCUUUCCUUUAUUGUUGAAUGCUCCCAUUUAAUGCUUUAUGGCUUUUACUGUAUUAAUUUUUUAGACUCCCAUCUGCACAAAAUGCAAUAAAAAUAAUUUUAUUAUACCCUU